UACCAGAGCACGCAGGUCAUUUUCCUAGUCAUUCUCGCUCGCGCCACCGUUCCCCAUAUCCCCUCGCCGCCGCCGCCGCCGCCGGCGGCGUCCGCCGCGCCACCACGGCGCCAUGCUCCGGCAACGUGGCCGCGUCCUCACCCAGCUCCUCUCGUCUUCCUCCGCCUCUCCCGUGUCCCAUCUCCGCCGCCUCCUCUCCGCCGCAGCGCCCGCCAUCUCCCCAAGCAUCGGGUUCGCCGUGGAGGACUACCUCGUCCGUACCUGCGGCCUCACCCGACCACAGGCCGCCAAGGCCUCCCCCAAGCUCUCCCACCUCAAGUCUCCCGCCAAGCCCGACGCCGUGCUCGCCUUCCUCGCCGGCCUCGGCCUCUCCGCCGCCGACGUCGCCGCCGUCGUCGCCAAGGACCCGCUGCUACUCUGCGCCAAAGUGGAGAAGACCCUGGCCCCCGUCGUCGACGGGCUCACCGGCCUCGGCCUCUCGCGUCCUCAGAUCGCGCACCUCGUCUCGGUCGCCGGCGAGAAGUUCCGCUGCAGAGCCAUCAUCGACAGGCUGCACUACUACCUGGCCCUCUUCGGCUCCUCCGGGAAGCUCCUCCGGGUUCUCGACCGCAGCCCCUACAUCCUCUCCUCCAACCUCGAGAGGGUGGUCAAGCCCAACGCCGUGUUCCUGAGGGAGUGCAGGAUAGGUGCUUGUGAUAUUGCCAAGCUGUGUGUCGCUCAGCCGAGGAUGCUCACCUCCAAUGUGGAGCGCGUCCGGGCGAUGGCGGCAAGCGCCGAAGGCCUAGGUGUGCCCCGUGGCUCCAGGAUGUUCUGGCGCAUGCUGAAUGCCCUUGCGUUUCUCCGCGAGAAGGAUAUCGCCGCCAAAGUGGAGUACUUGAAGGACACUUUCAGAUGGUCCGAUGCUGAGGUGGGCAUUGCUCUUUGUAAGGCCCCGAUGGUGCUGGCGUUGUCCAAGGACCUGCUGCAGAGGAAGUCGGAGUUCCUGAUCUCUGAGGUGGGGUUGGAACCGGCAUACAUUGCUCAUCGGCCGACAUUGCCCACUUACAGCCUGGAGGGCCGACUAAGGCCCCGUCAUGCUGCGAGAGGAGGUAUUCAUGGAGAAGUUCAUAUGCCCCUACAAGGAAGCUGCACCACAACUCGCUGGGAAGUGCCGGCUAGAUUCAGAUUUACAUGAA